CCCGCGCAGGCCCCUUCUUGCCAGUGCUGACCAUUCACAGACUCCUCCACCGUGUCCAACAACAUGGGCCUUCAACUGCAGACCAUUCUCAACGCUGAGGACUCACCAACACGUAAUGUGCCCGACACACCCUCUUCGGCCAGGCAUCAGGCUGUCCACCCUCAACAGCACAAUGCGCCAUUCCCUUCCCUCAACCAGGGUUUCGGCGAUAAUCGCUUGAGCACUGAUGCGAGCUCACAUUUCGACUCUCGACGCAGUAGCGUGGACAGUCGAAUGAAUGUUGGAAUGGGUCACCUUCAGAUCAGCCCUGCUUCCCCGUACGACAGUCAGAACACAUCGCGCGUGUCGCUCGUUUCCAACCUCCAGCAUCAGCGAGGUAUCACCAACCCUGAUGCACGCAUCAACGGUGCUUCUCCACUGUCGCCGUCUGUUCGCAAUAGCGGCAUCCGUGCUAACCACCCUCCUCGCCGAGCACCUGUGAUCAACCCCAAUCCUCGCAGCGUGUCGGGCAUGCCAGACCCUAUGGCUGCAGCACCCACCAAGGGUUAUGCCUGGGCUUUCCCUGCCGAGUUUGAGCCUGACGAGAGGCGGCAAUCCAGCAGCGGUGAGUCCAGCGCGGGGAAUUCACAUAUCCCAUCGCGCCAAAAUAGCUUUGCCACAUCCAUCAACAGCAGUAUAUAUACCACAGAUUCACACCUCCCCUCUGGCCAGAAGCGGUUGGAUAACGACAUCUCGACCACCCACCACCACUCUAUGCAGCAUCGCAGCGUCACGAGUCUUCAGGGCCUUGAUCACGGGUCUCUGGCUCAAGGUAGUGGGAACUACAGCCGAACUCCAGAGCUUCGCAUAAGCCACAAGAUGGCUGAAAGGAAGCGCCGCAGCGAGAUGAAGAAUCUGUUCGAUGAACUGAAUCAGAUUCUGCCGAAUUCUCCUGGAAGUAAGUCCAGCAAGUGGGAAAUUCUCACAAAGUCUAUUGAGUACAUCAAAAACCUCGGCAGAGCACAUGAAGCUGCCCGAUCCGAGAACGCACGACUGCGACCCGAAGCAGACUACUCGCGCCGAGCACAGGAAGAAAACGAGCUUCUGAAGAAUGAACUGACCGCAAUGUGGACCAGCCUGCGCCGCCUUGAUCCGAACAAUCCACAUAUAUAUGGAAGCAUGACAGGCAUGCUCGCACAACAGCAGGGUAACACACCAGCUUCCACCAACAACGUGCUGCCACCGUUGCAGCAACAGCAGCAGCAGUCCCAAGCACAGCCUGCGCCACAACAAACUCAAUGGGCCACGCCGACGCCUACGGCGAUGCAAGGCGUCGAGUUUGGUGGCAUGCGGCCUUAUGAGCACCCACAUCGCUGAAGCCCAUGUCACACAUGCAGGUCAGGUUGCUAGACUCGUCCCCAGGGACUUGCUGUACAUUACCAUUUUAACAUUCACGGAUUACGGGCGUUAUCGCAUACACUAUUCGACUUUCCAAAAUUUCCCAUCGGCCGUCAUUAC